ACAACCACUGUAUACUGACAGCACUUCAACACUCAGUUCAUGCAUUUCUAAUCUCCAGUUAGCCUUAAUCUGUAAUCUAUAAUUUUUCAUACUUUCAUUUAUAUAAAUAUGAAUAUUUUUCUACAACUGUUACAAGGAUUGGAUGCCUUGCUGGCUUUAUAGACAUACAAAAGUGAGUUAGGGUCCUGCCUGAAGAAACAACUGUUUGUUCCUUACCUGAGCAAGGACACACCUGGAUUUUUUUUUUCUUUCUUUCUUUUUACCUUUACACUUAUACACGUGGCAAAAAAGGAAAGUUAGUGAUACCGGCUGUGUGUAUUGAUUGAUACCUGAUGCUUAUAGAAUAACAAGUGAUGUAUUUUGCUCUGGUGUAGAUCAGUUUGGCAAAGUUGCAAGGAUUUAAAUACCACGGAUUUUACAAUAUCACACCUAUCAGAUGCUUAUUGCUGAUUAGUAUGAAGAAUUCAACUCCAACCCUGAAGGUCACCGAGAUCAGACUAGAAAACGUAGACUCUGUCUUAUUCCCAAGAUGGCCAACAAUGAACCUCCCAUAAAAAGCAUUCAGUUGUUGAACAUUCUACAAAAGGAGUACAGCGACCAAGAUGAACCCAGCCUCCCAAUGUAUGCUCACCGCAUCGCACUUAAACCUGACCAAAACCACAACAUGGAUCAAUCUAGCUUUGUCAGAAAAACAUACCACCAGGAGGCCUAUUAUUUGUACUUUGUAGCUGUGGUGGGCCUACUUUUGAAUUUACUGGUUGUGAUUUUCGUGUUUGUGCGACGAUCUAUGAGAAAACUGACCAGCGCUUUCCUUAUACAUGCAUCUUUCCUCGAUUUCCUCAAGGCUGCAUACUGCAUUCCUAUUGCUAAUAACCUUGUCACACAACGAAAACCAAGUGAUUGUGAUUUUUUUGGCGCCACCUAUGUUUUGAUUAUCACGGCUUCGGUGUUUAAUAUGCUAGCUAUGGUGUGUACUGAAGCCUAUACAUUCGGAGAAGUAAAUAUCGGUGGAAAUUCCAAGGGAUCACUGUGUUGUGUGGUGUUUGGAACACUUUUAGUGUACAUAGCUAGCAUUAUCCUACAUCUGGGACCAACGCUUAUCGGCGGAUAUUUUGAUUUCCAUCCUGAGAUCGGAAGCUGCUCCUUCAUUCUCGGUGAACAGACCGGAUACGUAGCCAACCUCAUGUGGAUUGGUAUUCUGACCCUGACACUGAUGGGUGUUGUACAUUUUAUAUGUAAACUCUACAAAGAAAUACAAGUUAAUCAUACAAAUCGUGUCUCUAUGCUGGUACGCUCAUCCAUUACCAUUAUGGAUGACCCUGUGACCUCUGUGUGCAAUGUUCAAACGAUGAUAAACGAAUCAAGUCAUCGAGCAAAACUUUUCAUCCUGAGUACAAUAUCCUUCAUCCUCUGUUGGUAUCCACUAUUCCUGCUUAUGCUCGUGGAUGUUCAUUUCACUGUGUCACCAAAAGUAUACCAGGCAUUCAGUUUCAUCGCCUGGAGUCAAGGAACAAUACAACCAUUGUUAUACAUAUGUUUUGACCGACAUGUAAACCUUCUUGCCAAAUAUGUCUACUGUGACCGAUACCGUCAAUAUAGCUUGGCUAAUCUGGCUGGCUGGAUGAACCGUGACCCGUCUGUAUUAACCAGUACUACGGCAAGUCGUACUGUCCAAGGAUCAAACCGAAUGGUUAACGACCCAAGUCAUUUAGCUGUGAACGAUCCAAGAAACUCUCUUCCACGUUCGAAUCGAGGUACAAUAGAUUCUCAUCAAAUUAGUUAUGAUUUAGAGGAUCAGGAUGAAGUUGUAGAAGAGGAUGAAGGUUUAGAAAGUAGGAAUAGUCAUGAAGAACAGGAAACAAGAGAGAACUCACCUAGAACAUUUGAAUUCAAUAAUGAGCCUAAUACUAUAUCUGAAAAUGGAGACCCUGUUUCUAAUGCUGGUCGGGAUGGGAUUGACUCAAAGCAGUGUAAUAUAUAGACAAAUCAAACUGGAUUUGAGGCCAAGCCAAAAUGUUUCUUUGUUGUUUUACUGUUGAUAAAACAAACCUACUCAACUGAUUAUUAACAAUUAUUCUGCAAUGAAAUUUUGUUCUCUUUCUUGAGUAAUUAUCUAUAUUAUGAAACAAAGGGACUUAACAGCAUGGACUGUCGGUUGGAAAUGUAUGUCACAUCCCUGUGGCGUGAUGAAACCUUAUAAUUGGCCAGUAUUAAAAAUUGACUAAUUGUUUAUCUGGAUAUUUUAGCAACCAUGGUAAAUAUUCCAGUUUUUACAGUAAUAUAAGAAGUAUUUUUCCCAUUUGGGGGACGAAGGGGCACUUCACUUUUUUGUUACAUCACAUUGGCUGCCUGGCCCCUUAAGUUUACUGUUGAACAGAAUUGUUUAGGAGGGUUCAAUCAAUAAAGGAUUGAACCCUGAGCCCCUUUGGGUCUAUAUACAUGAACAUGUAUUUCCUCUUUUGGGCCCCACCUCUCUGUUCACAGGAGCUUAUAAUAAUACACACCCCAUGAAUAUACCCCAAAAAUGUUCAAAACCAAAAUCUGCUACACACCCCAUUAAUAUAACCCAAAAGUGUUCAAACCCAAAUCUGCUACACAACCAAUUAAUAUACCCCAAAAAUGUUCAAAACCAAAAUCUGCUACACACCGACCCCAUUAAUAUACCCCAAAAAUGUUCAAAACCAAAAUCUGCCAAGUCAUUCUAAAUCAGUAAUAUCUUAAAGAAAAAUUGUCUAAAGGUUUCCAGCCAAUGGAUGUGAACAUAAAGUAAAAAACAGGAAGAAGUAAUAAUUUGUCAUGCUGUUAGAGAAAUCAUGGACUGUGAUACAGCUACAGGUUCCUGAUUUUAAUGGAAAACCAAAAUUCUUGAUAUAGCUUUAACUGUGAAAUGAGCAAAAUAUAUGACUUUUACCAACAUUUCCAUGUACAUAAUACCAUAUCAUUUUUAACGCAUCUUUACUUGUAAAAAUCACUGUUGGAAUACAUUUUUUUAAAGAUAAAUCAUGAAACUAAGGCUUCCCCUUAAUUAUGAAAAUUGAAAGCAUCUGCAAAUGGUCUUACAUAAUGCAUAUGUUACCACCAAUCUGACUCCGUUCAGUUUUAGGCGUGUAGCAUUGUUUACAUUAAUUCAUCAAUUGACGUUAACUUAAGAACAUUUUGCAGGUACGUAGAGGCUCGUAAAUUACUAUAUCUUACAACUCAUUUUAUUAUCUAUAAGAAGAAAUCAUUGUUUAAUGGGUAUGAAGUCUACAGUCAAGUUGCUUUAAAUGGUGUUGUCUCCAAGAUUCCCCAAAUGAUAUAAAACUGCAAUAUUCAAAAAAGUUUGUAUUAGACCUGUCCCUAUAAGUAAACUCAAACUUUUUUCUGGUAAAAAGAAUGAGUAUGUUGUAUUUAUAAAGUCCAUAAAUUGAUAAAAAAGGUGUUUACUUUAAUAAUAUAUCCAUAGAAUCUGAUCAUUCUUCAUGAGAACAUGUUCAAACAAAGAUACAUAUAUUUUCUUUCAUUGUCCCUGAUUUCACUUGGCAAUAUUUUCCUAAAAAAGGUUUGGAGCACAUCCUUUUUGAGAGAUUGUGAGUGCACUCUGCACUUAUUAGGUUAAAUAUGGUACAUGUAACAUUGUCAUUUAUCCAUACAUGUAUGUAUAUUUAUUUCCAAUUUCUUAAAGAUGUGUAUACAUAUAGUGAUUACAUACCAUAUAUCUAUAAAAAGAAAAUAGGCCCCUAUAGCUACUCACAAGUAAGUUUUCAUCUUCAUUUUUGCAAAAUCUUUUCAAUUUUAAAACACUAAGCUAAAAUUGGUUCACAAAUAGCCCUAUCCAAACUUAAUACUAAAAUUAGGGGAAAAUUCUAGGUAAUGGUUAAAAUAGGAUAAUCACUUUAAUGUUUUAACAUUAACAUCUCCUGACUUUGCAUCUCAACUAUCCUCCUUCUUAAAAUCGAAGUAUAUCUAAAAAUAGAUAAUGUAAUCUUUUUUCAUGAAUUCUUCAAAUGUUUGUACUUAUUUCAAUGUUAUUUUGAAUAAUGCAAUUAUUCAACCUUACAUUGUUGAAAAAUUAAAGAUUGGAUUAAUUACUACAGUGGUUUAAAUGUAAACUUUUAUACAUUUCAAUAAAUCUACAUUUGUAACACGUCCUACAUUUAUAAGACAUCCUACAUUUAUAAGACAUCCUACAUUUGAAGGACCUCCUACAUUUGUUACAAGGGUAUACUAGAUGUGUCAUCAUCCUGAUCCCUGAGGCUUCUUGUCACUGUAUCACAAUAUUUCCUUGUUCUCCUUUUUGCCUGCAUGAGUUUAUAAUUUAAGCAAUUAUCUCGAGAAAUAAAUUUGAUUUAAAGAAAUA